AUGCUGCCACCAGAGGACUGCGAGUACUUAAGUACAUAUUAGAAAACUAUAAAUUUUUCAUGAAAAAUUAACAAAAAAAGAAAAAUAGAAUAAAAGAAUAGUAGGAUUUCCUAAUAUAGUAAAAAAUAAAAAUUAAAAAAAUUUACCUUAAUUACUCUUGAAUGAUGAUUUUAGUCCUUUUAAUCUCUUUUGAACAUGAUUUAACCCCAUUUCCGUUAAUGUUUCAAUUUUCUUCCAUUUCGCUAUUUUUAUCGAGCAAUGCAACGAAUAUGUAUUUCUCACUUCUACUUUUAUAUUUUGUUCUAAAAUUUAAUAUAGUAAAGAAAUAAAAUUGUAUCACACCAUCUUUCCCAUGAAAUUUACUUUUAAAUUUUGAAUUUUUUCUUGUUUUUCUCAAACAACUACUAUUAUGAAUAUCCCAACAGUAAUUUCGCCUUCGUAUAUACUAUAGUACUCGUACUAUAACACUACUAUAGUAUGCUACCAAUCAUAAAAAUAUGAUUUUAAGUUGUAGUAUUUUAAAUUCGAAGAACGUAAAAUAAAUGUACGCUGUGACUGACUGUAGAGAUUAAUCUCUUUAUUUAGUCUCCUUGAAAACAUACAAUUUACAUAUAUUUUAAGUUUGUCAUAAUUGCGUGAGACCCACUUUGAAUAUGAAUAAUUAACUUCUUUGAUAACAAAGUCGUAAAAUGGGGAAAACCUGUUAUACUCACAAUGAUACAUUUUCCUUAUUGACUAGUUGGAUUGAAAGCCAGAAAAACUAAUCGCAAACACUUCUCUGCCAACACAUUUAACACAUUGUAUAUAUUGCUACAUAGGUUUUAUAUUAUCAAUUUUACUAGUUUCUUUUCUUUCUCUGAGAGAGAAAUUUUUAUUUAAAAAUUUCAGAAGUAUAGAUAUAUAUUAUCAUUCAACUACAAUUAAGUAAAAGUUGUUUCCGGAAGCAUGUUUCAAAAAAAUAUCGAGAAGAUAUUCUAGCGAUUACGAUUCGAAUUAUUUGAUAAAGAAGUUACCAAGUUGAUACGUUGUAUGUAACUUGGUAACUUCAAUUAAAUAAAUAUAACGAUCUAUGUCACCUGAUCGAUUGAUAAUUUUCGUAAUUUUAAUCUUUUCAUUCCUAACAAAUAUAGUCAAUGAAGUAUUAAUUACAGGAUACCUGUAAUUUUGAUUCUGUGUUUGAUUAUGUAUCAAAAAUACAGUACUUUAUGAAAAAGUCAAAAAUUAAUUCUUUCUUUACCUAAAAUAUAUAUUCCCGACCGAUUACGAGAAGUUUCUUUUUAUUUAAAAUAAAAGAUUUAAUAAUUAUAUUUAUAGUUAUUAUAAUAAUAAUGAAAUUUUGAAAUUCUACAUGAAUUGAAACAUGAAUUACUAUGCAUAAAGUUAUAUACAUUGUGUACUUACAUAUCCACAUAAAAUAACUUCUUUUUAAGUUUCACGGUUAUUGCAGCACAUCGUUAGAAUCCAGUGAGAGGAUUAAUUCUCUAGUAAUACGGAUAUUCGUUCUCUACAUUCUAUGCCGGAAAUGGUGAUCUCAUUUGAAAAUGUUACUAAUUACAGAGAUAUUUAUCAUAUCAUUCAACUUGUAAUUACAAAUCACCUUAUCUUUGUUUAAAUUUUAUCUUUUUCAUGAUAAAUAACAUGAUCGAAUGCUUUAAUAUACUUUUAAUCGAGUAUCUUGCGCAAAAAUAAUUAAGAAAUUCUUAGCUAAAAUUCUUAAAGUUCUCCAGGAUUUCACAGAAAUUCGUUGCAACUUAUCUUUUCCUAGAAGUAAUACUUUAGUUUAGAAGAACAACAAUUCUUGUUACAAUUAUCUAUGACCAUAGUAAUAAACAACAUGAUAAAUGACACAACAUCAAUCAUUAUUCUAUUCUUAUUAGAGUUGUCCUUGACAUGUAAAGUAUAUGAACUCUACAAAUAAUAUGCAAAUCGUUUGAAAUUUUUCUCCAGUUAAACGAUGAAAAAUCAUGAUAUGUUCAUAAAAAAUGGAGAAUUAUUCUUUUAACGCUUCACGACAAAUCCUUCCAUGAAAAAAAAUAGCAAAAUACUCAAAAAAUAAAUUUGUUACUAUUUGUUAAGAAAUAAUUUUUUUUUUACGAUGCUUCUUUCAUGAAAAAAUAUAUAUAUAUAUAUAUAUUUCAUAUUUAGUUAUUUAGUUAUUAUUGCAUUACACAAUUUACAAUGACUGA